CUUAAUCCGUUAAUUCCCAAUUCCGCCCUCCCAGUCUCAACCCAUCAGAAAGGCAGAAACCUAUCCAGUCUCUCACUCUCUAGUCUCUACUACACUUUCCUUAUUUCCCACUAUUUUCGUAUCCAUUUUCUCCCUCUCUUUAUUUCUGGUUCUCGCUCGCCCGGGAAGAUCAAUUUAAGCAGUUGAUUUUGUGUUUUCCGACGAUCGGAAAGUGAAAAAUGGGACAGAUCCAAUAUUCCGAGAAGUACUUCGAUGAUACAUACGAGUACAGGCAUGUGGUUCUUCCUCCUGAAGUGGCGAAGUUGCUUCCCAAGAAUCGGCUUCUCUCUGAAAAUGAAUGGAGGGCAAUUGGGGUCCAGCAGAGCCGAGGGUGGGUCCAUUACGCGAUUCACCGACCAGAGCCACACAUCAUGCUCUUCAGGAGGCCACUCAACUAUCAGCAGCAGCAGGAGAAUCAGGCUCAGCAGGGUGUGAUUGCUAAGUGAACAACUGCUGCUGUUGUUCCUUUGCAUCGUUGAAUACUUGCUUUCAUUUCCUCUAGAAAUGAGCCUAUGGCUAUAUAAAAUGCUAUCAUCUUACUGUGUUGUUCCAGAAGUUGUUUAGACAUGUUGGAAAUGUAAACUCUAGUAGUAUUACUUUAUACUCUUAAAUGUGGGUUCUUGGAUGUUGAAACCUCGUUUUAAUGUCUUUAACGUCUUUCUUUUUUUGGUUAACAUCUUUAGUAGUUGGAAAGUACUUAAUACUGGUAUUUGGAUGUUGUACUGAAGUUUGAUUCCAAAUGUACUGGUUUGCGUACUUUGGAUGACACCAGUCACCACAAACCCAUUGGGCUUCGCUGAA